AUGGACACACUUGAUUUCUCUGCCGAUCAGGACCGCCCCCUUAUCGAAUAUCAAUCGGUAUCUUCAGAAUGUUCCCACGACAUUGUCGAACGACCCGAACGUUUACACGAAUGGUUGAAGUCGCAUGAAAUUGAACAGCUGCAUGAACGUUUCGUGACAAAACGAAAACUUAGCUAUGCCGAGCUGCGUGAAGAGUUGGAAUAUCUCAACAUAACUUUUAAUGACCUCGAAUAUCAGCGGUUAUUUUUGAAAAUAAAUCAAAAUCGUGAUUUCAAAUGCGAUUGGAAUGAAUUUGUAUCGUAUUUGAUAUUUGGUUUCCAGGACGAUGAUCCAUCGGGUCAAAAGGAAGCGUUGACAUUGCCCAUAUCAUCCCAGCCCAUGGUUAGGAAAUCGGAACAUAAAUCUGCGGUAUGUUGUAUCAGUUUGAUGAAGAUUUGUUCGGAUUUUUUGCUGAAUGAGGCGGAGGAGGAGCGAUUCGAUGAAGAGGAGGCUUUGUCUGUGAAUGAUACCCCAGAAAAUACCGGUGUUUGGAUAACGGGUAGUAAGGAGGGUCAAAUAAGAUUUUGGUCGCCCAAUUUGGAACCUUUGCGCAGUGGCAUGUCGGAAAGUAUCCACUUGAAAAUGUCCACCUGGAUAUUGGCCAUCCAGGCUUUGUCGGAUGUUAGCAUUGUCUGUACCUCUUCCACAGAACGGGAAUUGCGAUUUCAUGAAACAGUGGCCUCCACAUUUACCUUGCGGAUUGUAGUUCGCAGUAUGCCCUAUGCUGUUUGCUGUAUGUCCUACAGCUUCUUUCCGAAUGGCAGAACAAAUUCUCGCCUAGUUUUGGGCGACUAUGGUGGUAAUGUUCGCAUUUUGGAAUUUAAUCCCCAUUUGAGAGGACCAUUCCAGUCGAAGCCUGGAGCGGCGUUGGUAGAAGUUUUCUGGUCGGAUAUAAUUAAGGGAAAACUUCCACAGUUCAUUGUCCACGAAUAUCCGAAUAUCCAUAGCGAACUUAUACAACAGACCUUCUAUUCGAUGCGUUUGAAUUCCCUAUUUUCGGCUGCCGAAUAUCGGAAUACGAAAAAAUAUCGGGGACGAUGUCCAGGGCUGAUAGUGGCCAAUGGGGACGAGAAGACUAUUUUUCGGAUACCUUUGGGUGUCACCACCUUCUUUGUGGAUGAGAAGAACAACAUUGUUGUAACCGGUGGCCCGGAUACCUUUGUACGAAUUUGGGAUGUCUAUAUACCCGGUGAACCUUCGGGAAUUUUGACGGGUCAUAAUGGUGGGAUCGUUAUGGUAUUUGUCCAACCUGAUGAAAAGAAGGUUUACAGUGUGGACUACCAAAAAAUCAUCAAAGUUUGGGAUUUAACGGAACAUGUGCUGUUGCAGACCUAUGGUGAUUUGGUACGCCUAAUACCUGGGGAAACAAAUUUGGCCUAUUACUAUCACCCCCAUAUGCGAGUUCUCCUGGUGGGCGGUCGCAAAUUGGUCGCCUUGAAAUGCAACCCUCGGGUGCGGGUGGAUCUGACAGAUGGCAAUACUCAUGCUGCUCCGGUCUCGGUGGUUUUAUAUAAUCGGCUGUUUCGAAAUGUUGUCACCUGCGGUUUGGAUAGUUAUAUCAUUGUUUGGGAUCCAUGGACCGGUCGUAGGAAAAUUAUUAUGAAAAAUUGUCAUACCAAGCAAAUGUACGGAGAGAAUAUUGAUAUCGAAAUUACAGCAGCCUGCUUUGAUCCACUGGAACAAUUUUUGCUGACCGGAGCUCGAGAUGGUUCGCUGAAAAUAUGGAAUUAUAAUAAUGCGGUGUGUAUUCGGAAUAUGAGUAUUCGAGCGGAACAUGAAGUCACUGCAGUGAUAUGGGUUGUGGAGAGAAUCCUAGCCGUUGGCUGGGAUAUGCAGGUAACGGAAUUCAAUGAUGCCGAGGGUCGUGAGUAUGGUGAUGCCAAAAAAUGGCCCAUGUUCCAUACGGAUGACAUCACCUGUGCUGAUGUAAAGCUAGGAGAAGGUGUCAUAACUGCCACCUAUUCGGGUGAAUUGAUAUUUUGGAAGUUGGAAACAGGUCAACCAUAUCGGCGCUACAAUGUUGCCACACCUGAUAAAUUUAUCGAACUAAAAUAUCAUCGCCCAGAGGACGAAGAUGACGAGGGUAGAAGACAAUCGUAUCAUGUCAGUAUAUCGCGUUAUGUUCGUAAAUCCAUAUCGGAUCGGAUCAGAGAAUUGGAAAAGAAACAAACGAAAAGGGAACGAUUUAAGGGUCGCCGCCUUAAGGAGGCCGAUGAGGGUGAGGCUAUCAGCUUGGAGGAGCAGCAUAGUGAGCGAAGUGAGUCGCUACCCAUGUCGGUGCAGGCGGUGUUAUUUUUACAAACCCGGCCCAUGAAUCGGGAACAUGGUAGUGUAUUUGUCUCUCUGGAAACGGGUGUAAUACAAAUCUAUUCUCAUCAUCAUCAUGGCGGCUAUUUGGAUCAAUUUAAUGCCAUUCAUAAGACGGGAGAUUGUGUCCUGGCCAUGGCUACAGAUCGCAAGAAUCGUUAUUUGUUUAACGGAACUGCAUUUGGUUAUAUCAAGAUAUGGUAUAUUGAGAAUUUUGGGAUACCCGAAAAGGAUAAAGUGAAAGUUAACAUGCCAUUGUUGCGGUUACAAUUUAUAUUUUUGCGAAAUGACAGAUUUCUAACGAGAUCCAAGCGAGCAGUACGCCAUCAGACGGAGCCGUUGCUGGUUAGCUCCUACAAGGGGCAUCUAAGGGCCAUCAAUUCAAUUGCCUAUAUAAAUCAAACGAAAAUAUUAAUAACGGACAGUCACGAUUGCUCCUGCCGUCUGUGGUCACUGGGUGGCCGUUAUUUGGGUACUUUAGGGUCCCCAUUGCCUUGGAUGAAAUUAUCGCCCUUCGAAUCAGUUGAAGAGAAAUAUGAAAAGUUUCGCAUGCCACCCGAUAUACAAAAGGUGGCCAGUUCGACAACCAUGAAGGUCAUUACCGGUCAACAAUUGGACAACUUUCCCAUGGCAUAUCCCAAGGAAAAAUCAAAUCAAGCAGCUUCCUCCAAAGACCCUAAUGGUGAUGGUGGUGUGGAGGAUGAUCAAGAUAAUAUAUCUCGUUUAUAUGGCCAAUCGUUGCGUGCUCCCAUCUUGGGUAAACAUUUCCAGCUGCCAGGACGCAGUGCAGUGGAGCAACGUAUCGAUUUGGAUAUAACCGCUUCGUAUAUUCCUGUUUUUACCCAUCUCAAAAUUCAUGAAGCCAAUGAAUUGGUUAGACCCUCAACACCUCCAGCUAUACGACGAGUGGCUACGGAAAAUUAUAUGGAUUUUUAUGAACCAAAGAUGCCGAGGGAAGGGGAUUCAACACAGCGUGAUAGUUUAAAGGAGACGGCGUUAUUAAAGCCCCGAAGGAGAUCAGUGGUCAAGCCUUCUGUGGCCUUUGGGCCAAAUGAAGAAAGGGGAGUUGAAUGA